AUGAAUAACGUGAAAAGAGUAAAACUGGAGUUCAAGAUGGUUAAGCAGAUAUGCACACAUUCCGGAUCCUUCCACGCGGACGAGUCUUUGGCAGUAUAUAUGCUAAGGCUAUUACCGGAGUUCAAAGAUGCUAAGCUCGUCAGGUCAAGAAACCCUAAGGACUGGGAAGCCAGUGACAUUUUAGUGGACGUCGGCGCACAGUACGACGGUGUGAAGUUCUUUGACCACCACCAGCGUGGGUUUUUCGAGACGUUCAACGAGAACUACAAGACCAAGCUCUCGAGUGCCGGCCUGAUCUUCAAGCACUACGGGCGCGACAUUAUCAAGACCAUUUUGAACAGCAGUACGAGCAGUGCUGACCUGGAUUUGCUGUAUAAUAAAGUAUACAAGCAGUUUGUCGAGGCACUGGAUGCCAACGACAACGGUAUCAGCAAGUACACGAUCCCUAGGGGUUCUGACUUGGAGCCCAAUUUCAGGGACAACGCCAUCAGCAUCCCUGGGAUCAUUUCAGGCAUGAACCCCAAUUGGAACGAGGAUACUUCCGACGAGUCCUUCGACAAAUGCUUUGCUCGCGCAAGCGCUUUUAUCGGCGAGGUUUUCGUCACAUUGGUGAAAGGCUACGGUGAAUCGUGGUUGCCAGCGAAGACCCUUGUAGCGCAGGCGAUUGACGAAAGACUGGACGUUGACAAGAGCGGCAAGAUCAUUGUCUUACCUCAGUUCUGUCCAUGGAAGGAACAUCUAUACGAGCUGGAAAGAGAGAAGAACAUUCAAAAACAGAUCGAGUUUGUUCUCUUUACAGACUCCUCAAAUGCCUGGAGGGUAUCCACCGUACCCAUCAACUCCACCUCUUUUCAAUUUAGAAGAGGUUUGCCGGAACCACUAAGAGGUCUCAGAGACGAAGAGUUGAGCACCAAGAGCGGUAUUCCGGGAUGCAUCUUCAUCCAUGCGGCUGGCUUCAUCGGCGGUGCCAAGACGAAGGAAGCCGUCUACCAGCUGGCCAAGAUGUCUCUGGCCUAG